AUAAAAUUGUACGCCCUUUUAUUGUGUAUUUGGCAUUUUUUAAAAAUGUACAUUUAUUUUGUAAAUUGAAUUUUUGGUUUUAUGAAAGCCAUUUCAGUAAGUGCCUAGUACCCAAGUCAUAUCAUAUUUUACUUUAAUUUUCAUUAUAAUUAUUAAAAUACUCUUAACGUAGUGCCUUAUGUUAUAUUGGCGUACCAUAGGCUUCGGCCUUGUAAAAAUAUACCAAUAUUUUGAAAAUUACCUGUGAAUAAUUUUAAUAAUACAGUUAUGCACCAAAACUUACCAACCAAAGUGGCUGUUACAAAUUCAGUAACACCUGUUCAUGGUAGACCAGCAUUUAGUAAACAUAAAAAUAGUAACCAUCAGAGGAAUCUGAGUCUUGACUUUCGGUCAAUGGGUAUAGUAUUACCACCUAUAAAUCAUUCUUCACAUCAUCGAAACCGUAGUCUUGAUUCUGCUUUAACAAAAAUUCCUGAAAUUGAUGCGACUCCUAGUCCUGAAUGUCCUGAACAAAACCAGAUGCCAAUAUCUGACCCAAAUAUCCAUUCUGAUGAUUCGGGUAUUGGAAGCACUGAAAUAACCAGCAGCUGUAGUCACGAAAGUCUCAGCUGUUCAGAAUCUAGUCCUUCAAAACAAAAUAAUUGUAAAUCACAAAUUUUUGAUAAAGUUUCCAAAAGCUUUCUUCACAGAUUAAUUGAAUCUAAAUUAUUUGAUAUGUCCAUGGCCAUUACAUACCUUUUCAAUUCAAAAGAACCUGGUGUUCAGCGUUAUAUUGGUGAUAAACUUUUCAGUUUUGAUAACAAUUCUGUGGAUAUUUACUUGCCGCAAUUAAUCACUAUGUAUAUACAAAUGGAUGAUAUAGCAGAAGCUAUAGAUUCAUACUUGGUACACAGGUGUCGUAAAUCAUGUAACUUUUCUAUUAAAUGUGCUUGGCUUUUAAAUGCUUUUAAUGUUACAAAUGUGAAAAAUAAAUCUCACGGUGGACAAUUGAUUACUACAAUUCUUAAUGAACAUUACAAACAAGGCCAAAAUGAAAAAUCUAAUUUUGAGUCUAUGAACUUAUUGACUAAGAAGACACACUGUCGCUCUAGAUCAGAUAGUUCUAUGGUUAAUUUCAGUGGAAUUCAAAUUGCGUGGGAGCGUAGUUUUUUAGGUGAUUUGAGUUCUGGUAUGGCUUUUGAUAAUGGUUGUACAUGUACUGAUCAAAAUACUAAAUGCCAAUGUGGUGCUCCAAGGAUGAGUUCUGAAAUAGAAUUUAUCAAAUGUCUAAUUGCUCUAGGACGAGAUUUAACCAAUCAACCAUCCAAAGAAUCUAAAACUACUUAUCUUUAUAGUCAAUUGAGUCUUAUUAACAAAAAUUUACCAGCUAAAGUUUGGAUACCACUGUAUAAUAACAGCCAUCAUGUUUUAGCUAUUCCUCCCCGUGCUGCAGCUGUUUUGAAUUCAAAAGAUAAAGCUCCUUUUGUUAUAUAUGUUGAAGUGGCUGAAGUAGAAGAUGCUGAACGCUCUCCACUAACUACGCGUGUAUCUAAUAUUCGUCAAAGUCGAAGUGCAGAAAAUCUUAUAAGAUGCGAGUCUGAGGUUAAUAAACCAGAAGUUAAUAAAAAUAUGUUUAUUGUUGCUGGAGACAUAAGGCGUCGUCUCACUGUAUCUACAGACAUUAAAAGCUCUUCAACUACAGAUCCUGAAGAUCCAUCUGCUGCAGCCUUGAAAGAACUUUGGUCAGAAAAAGAAAAAAGGGUUAGAGAAAAUUCUCCUUAUGGUAGUCUGAUCAAUUGGAAACUCUUGCCUGUAAUAAUUAAAACGGGAGAUGAUUUAAGACAAGAACUUCUUGCUUCACAAUUAUUACUUACAUUGCAUAGUAUAUGGUUAUCGGAAAAAGUACCAUUACAAGUGUUUCCUUACAGAAUUUUAUGUUUAUCUAAUGAUGCUGGAUUAAUAGAACCAGUUUUAAACACUGUAUCUUUACAUCAAAUUAAAAAACAAAAUAAAAUAUCUUUGUUGCAAUAUUUUGAAAAAGAAUUUAAAGAAAAUAUUAAAUUAACUGACGCUCGUCAAAAUUUUAUUCAUAGUUGUGCUGCAUAUUCUCUUGUUUGUUAUUUAAUCCAAGUUAAAGAUCGACACAAUGGUAACAUAUUACUUGAUAACCAAGGAAAUCUUAUUCAUAUUGAUUUUGGGUUCAUAUUAUCAGCAUCUCCAAAAAAUCUUGGAUUUGAAAGUUCACCUUUUAAAUUAACUUCUGAAAUGGUUGAUGUAAUGGGUGGACUAAAUUCUGAGGGAUUCAAGUAUUUCAAAAAACUUAUUCUUAAAGGUCUUAUAGCAUCACGUAAACACAUGGACCGUGUAUUAUCUUUAGUUCAAAUUAUGCAAUCUGCUAAUUCUCAGCUACCAUGUUUUAAAGCUGGAGCAACAGCUGUAAUAGGUUCUCUUAAAUGUCGUUUUCAUUUAAACUUAACUGAAAGCCAAUUAAUUACACUCGUGGAUAAUAUGGUAGAAUCAUCAUUGCAUUCCAUCACGACCAAAUUGUAUGAUGGUUUUCAAUACUACACAAAUGGUAUAUUAUGAUUACGUAUGUUUAAAUGAAAGAAUUUAUGCAAUUUGUUUUGUAAACAAAUCAAUUUAAAUUAACAUAAUAACAGGAGGAAUGGUUCUUAUAGGAAAUUUUUGCUCAUAAAACUUAUGAAUGUUACCUUACUAUACAAAGAAUUAUAUGUCCCCAAUUCCUAGAAAUAUAUAUAUUAUACAUGUUGAA